AUGGACCUCCUGCUGCUGUUGCUGUUGCUGCUGCUCCAAUUCCUGGAUGGAUCCUUUUCUCAAAAACAGCCAGUGUUUGGUCUUCAUGUCCAGAAGAAGGUGACUGUGCAGAAGGGACUGUGUGUCUCCAUCCCCUGCUCCUUCUACUAUCUCCCAGAAUUUGGGAAUAAUGACACGGCCCAUGGAUACUGGUACUGGAAGAAGCCCCAAGAUGAUCCCGGGGCCACCAAGGAAGACCUCGUGGCCACCAAUGACCCCCAAAAGGCUACCCAGCCCUGGGCCCAGGGCCGGUUCUACUUAAUUGGAGACCCCCAAAUGGACAACUGCUCCCUGAGCAUUACUGGAGCCCAGAAACGUGAUCGUGGGCAUUACGAGUUCCGUGUGGAAAAGGGAAAACUGCGUUAUAGUUACAGAAAUGACAGAGUAUUAAUCCAGGUGGAGACUCUGACCCAAAAACCAGAGAUCCACAUGCCAGAGAUCUUAGAACCUGGGCACCAGGUGGCCUUGACCUGUUUGGUUCCUGGGGACUGCAGAAAUGGGACAUCUGCCUCCUUUCUCUGGACUGGGAAUGCCCUCUCUUCCCAACAAGUGACCUCAUCAAACAGGAAUUCCUCCAGACUCCUGUUCACUCCCCAGCGCCAGGCCAAUGGCACUAAUCUCACCUGUCAGGUGAGAUUCCCAGAAGGCAGAGUGAACACUGAGAGAACUGUCCAGCUCAGGAUUGCUGGUGAGUUUGGGAAGAGGGUAGAACCCAGAUAGCCAGGUUGCUCAAGGGAGGGAAAGUUAGAGGGGAAGGUUCUUUGGUCCUGAGACCACAGGCAGGACUGAGGCCCUGAGGAAGUCAUUCCCUGGAAUCACUCCUUUCUUAUUCUGGGUUCUGGUAUGGAAGGUCCCAGGCUCAUUCAACUCUAGGACCACAGCACUAAUCUUACCUGUGAGGGCUAGUCAAGUAGUCAAUUGAUGAACUAAACUCUGGAGGAAUGAAAACAAGCUAAUAGAAUCUUUCAAGGAGAAGACAGUCUAAUGGGAGGAACAAUAGGCUAACCACAAUGCAUAAACAAAUACACACACAUAUACACAAGUACACAUUUAUGUGAUGAAUGGCAAACAACCAAUAGGGUGAAGGUAAAAAUAUUAGGAUGAUCUGGGAAAGGCUGAGAUCUUAGCUGGGACUUGAAGGAAAUCAGCAUAGUCAGAAGGUGGAAAUGAAGAAGAAAGUGCCAGGCAUGUCCAGACCCAUGGUACUUGUCCAGGAAACAAUAGUGAUUGGAUGGAGUGCAUGGGCGGGAGGAAAGUGUAAGAAUACCAUGUGGAUGAGCUGUCAUUAUUCCCAGGGUUGGGGAGGGGAGAAGCUGAAAAUAUGAAUUGGAGUGGGUUUAGCUCCCUGCAGAUGGAAUGUAUCCUCAGACAAUGGCACCUCAAGUCUCAGCCUCUUCUGGAAAACAGUGAUUGAAGGAGCCCUGAUUGCAUUCAUCGUGGCUGCAGUAGUCUUCAUUUCCCUGUGGGUUUGCCUGUGAGUUUUCAGCUUAGAAAGCUGAGUGGAAGACCUUAGAAUAUGGAAUACUGAAUGACAGAACUGGGAGGAGCCUUAGAAUAGGGAAUGUCAGGACUGGGAGGGUUCCAAGGACAAUGGAUGUCUGGACUGGGAGGGGCCCUAGAACUAGGAACCUCUGAGAUAUAAAGGUCUUUGGAGCACAGAAUGUCAGAAUUGAGAAGGACCUUAGAACAAGGAAUAACAGAGCUGAGAGGUCCUUAGAACAGAGACUGUCAGAACUGGGAAGACCUUCCAAAUAUACAACAUAGACUAUCAGUACAAAAAAAAAAGGGUCUUUACAACAUAGAACACAGAUGUUAGAACUGAAUGUCCAUUAGAAUAUGGAAUAUGUGAGCUGGGGGUGGCCUUAGAAGAGAGAAUAACAAAGCUGGGAGAGAUCUAAGAAAAGGAAAUGUCAUAGCUAAUAAAAAUCGAAAAAUAUCAAGGUUGGGAAGUUCUUUAGCACAUGGACUGUUUGGGCUUA